CGAUUCAGGCGGCAGUUAGCGUUCGAUAGUCAUAGAACCGACUGUACAGAUCGCACGUAGCGUGGCAACUGUCAUAAAAAAAAGUGUAUUAGAGUUAAAAAAAAUCAACUUCUACAAACUUGAGACUAAAAAAUUCCCGAGAUAAUAAGCCAAAUCGCGUGCUUGACGAUAAAUCGCGUAGCGAGGCCGUGGUAAUCAGAAGUUACGGGAGUAAACUAUGUAUCCUGAUAUCGGCUUUAUCGUCGCUUGAUCUGGACGCCUUUCAGUUGGAACUGUCAGUGUCGGAGCCGCUUAGGUUACAUACAAAGCAAAUACAUAACCGCGAUUGCUGCACGUCAUAGAAUCUCGUUGCGGCACACGAUUAAAAAUCUCGUAGAUAUCGUAUUCCGACUUCUUUCAUCAUGUCUAAGCGACUCUCAAAAUCUCUACUAAGUAAAGAAACCAAAGAUUAUUUCCUAAGCACGCACUUCUGGGGUCCGGUAUUCAACUGGAUGAUACCUAUAGCGGCCAUAUCUGACACGCGAAAGCAUCCGAAAAUCAUUAGCGGCAAAAUGACUUUAGCCUUGACUCUAUACUCCAUGGUAUUCAUGCGAUUUGCUUGGAAGGUACAACCGCGAAAUUUGCUGCUGCUCGCAUGCCACAUCACAAACGUCGGGGCCCAACUCACGCAAGGUUACAGAUUCCUCGAUUAUCACUACGGCCAACAGAAUGAGCCCGAACGGAAUAAGUAAUGUGGGAAGUCAGUAGGCCACGCGAGUAAUGCAUUACGACGACAUGCUUACUUGCAAAUGUACAAAAUGCGAAACACUAGUAAAAUUAACUUUUUUAUUACUAUACGGGCUUUUGCUGUAGAAUUUUAACAAAAUAAUAAUAAUAAUAAUAAUAAUAAUAAUAUGAUGUAGUGAGGUGCUACUUUCUACUCUCCGGCAAAACAUAAUAAAUAAUACGUAAACUUAAUAUGCGCAUGAAAUGUCAAAAAUAAUUUGUAAAAGAAAAUUUCUUCCAGUUGCUUCAUUCCCAUUAUCGUGUGUAUAAGAAAAAAAAUGUAUGUGCAAAUAUAAAAUAUAUAUACA